AUCCCUGUAUUUCGUUUUUGCAACUUAUUUUUAUUAUUUUUACUUUUUGUGUUUCUAGCGCUGAGUAUCAAAACUGGAAUAUGCAAUUUCACCAUUACUACUCCUGGUCUGUUUGCGUGUGAAAAGGUUUCCUUUGAGAAUCCUUUCAAUGGCGGGCAGGAUGUGAAAGUUUUCGUUUCCAAAAGGCACACAACAAAGAAUUAUAGUGGUGGAGAUGGCGCGGCUAUUUGGGUGGAAUCUGUGGAUAAUAAAGAAUUUACAGUUUGUGUUUUAGAGUGCGGAGAUGGUUCUAGUGGGACUACGAAAGUGAACUGGAUGGCGCUGCAAUCUGUUCCUGUUGGCGCUCAACUAGACACAGUCUCGUUGGAUUCUUGGACUACUGGAGAAAAGUGUAAAAGGAUCGCCUUUGAAAAGGUUACCUCUGUUUCCCCUUGCGUUUUCGUUAACUUAAUAGUUCUUACUGAUUUAGGUAUUUCUGUUUGCUCAAACCUAAACACAAGAUUUCACUACGUCAUUUUUUUAGCUUUGCUUGACUAAGUGGCUUUAACUUCCUCUUUCUUUAUUUAGCUCGUAGGAGCUGCAGACUUUCCAUUUGACUUCUUCCUUAUAUCUUUAAGUCAUGCGAUAUAACAUUGUUGCAUUAUAAAAUACGAUUCUUUAUUUGUUUACCAAGAUCUUACAUAUAUUGCUACCUCUAUUUUCUUCCAUCAAAGUUAUCUUGCAAUCUGUCCUCCACUUUUCUUGAUCAUGUCAAUUUUUUUAUUUAAAUUAAUACAUCUUUAAAAGGUUUAACAAUCUUCAUACUUUUGCUAACUUUUGCUCUAAAAAAUUUAGAGAGAAAGUCUAUAUUUCGAUUGCUUUUGUGUCUACGUUGCCAAGUUCAUGAUUAUCGUUUUAUUUGCUGAUUUACAAAUUCUGUGUUUAAUUCGUAAAACUGUUCUUAGUUUUUCAUCUGCACUAGGAAAUUCCAUCCAAUUUGCUUCUUUCAAGUUGAAAAUGAUUUUUCUAUCACACUUCCAUCGUUUUAUAUCAUACCCUUGUUUGUUUGAAAAAGAAAUGUAAUUGAUUAUUUAUUUUCUUCUCUUUUACUUUUUCAGCGUUUCUCAAUUCCUCCGAGCAUCUACGUAACAGCUCGUCACCAAAUUCUCAAGAGACCUCAGGACGCCUUGGCAUUGUGGGUAGAGGAUGUACGCAGAGACAGUUUUAAGGUUUGCCUCAGGGAAACUAAGAUUUUUGAUGGUCUGCAUAAAAACAUCAAGGUGGUAAGUGAAUUCCUUUUGUUACCUGUUACAUGUUUGAAAGUAGACUUACACGACAACCAAGCGGUUCCUCCCUUGCUGCAACUUACAGGGGCUGUGCUUUAGCAGAACCCAGUUGCCCCUGAGCUCUACCUUUGCUCUUUGCCUACUAGGAAUUAGAAAUCGUAGCUUUUUUUCAUAGAGAUCCUAUGUUGGGUACCCUGUGAUUUACACAGGUUCACAGCAAUGGGCUAACUUCUCUUAGAAACAACCUUGACUUGAGAAAGAAUAUAUUGAUAACAUUGUUAAUACUUUUUCACUUGUCCUUCAGGACUGGAUAGCAUUUGUUAAGCUGAUGACGCUGAAUUUUACCUUGAUCCAUGGCCUUGUAACAACAAAGAAUAACUCACCACUAAACAAGCAACAAAACAACGUUCUCUGUCAGGUAAAGUAACUAAUCAACAAUACUGUUUUGGUUUCUCAGUCACUUAUAUUCAUAAAUAGAAAAUCUUUCAUACGUUCAUCGAGCUGUAAUGUUGUUAUCGUCAACUAUUUAAUCAACAUAUAUCAUAUACCGCAUGUGUGUAGAAACACUUAAUGACGAUGAUUUUUUUCUUGUUUUUUUAGAUAAUAAAGUUCACUGAUGCUUUUUAUGCCCCUCCGGUAGUAAUGGUUUCACCAAGACUCAGUUACCAUAACAACUCUCGUUUCUCGGCUUCCGCAACUUGUAACGCAGUUACUGCGUGGAUUCAGGUAACAAAUAUGAAACUUGGAGCCAUUUUUCUUAGUCCAUUGCGUCCUUAGGCUGCCUUCUUAUCUUUUCCUGUCGAACUUACUUUUAGAAUUGUCUCUGUUUCAAUUUUUCAUGUCGUUUAAGGAGUCCAAAAAAGUUUUUUUUUGUUUCAUUUUUUCCCAGUUUUUCCAACCAACCUGUGCACGCCACGGUUUCGCUUUCUGAACGACCUUGGUGUACCUAGUGACAUAGUAGUUAAGGUAAGAAAAUACCUGAUGAUGCUUAAUGACUGAUAAUCUGAUACUUCUAAUGAUUGUGUCUAGCAUACCUUUAGAAACGAAACCGAGGUGUGUAUGAGAAGAUACAGCAAUAACGCCAAUUAUAAGGACAUCGUACAACUGGAUUACCUGGUGAUUGGAGGUACGUAAACAAUAUAUCAAAACCUUGGUGAAGGCUGUAUGCUGCAGUGUAUCAAGUACAUUUUAUGACAUGAAUCUUUUGAAGUUGUUUCAUGCAGAGCUUUUUUUCUCUAAUUGAUGCUAUUUUUUUGUUGUCUCUAUUUCUGGGGAUUGUAGAUUUGGUUGACUGAGCUGAAAAACGGGAUCAUAUGCAUUCUUAUCCUUUUCUUAGAGUCGCAGUGUUGUUGCAUCUACCUGCAAUGCAUCUUAUUGGUAUCUUAAAGCAGUUUCAGCUUGUAAAUUUGACGAAAGUUUUGUAGAAUCUAUACUUUUUUUCUUGUAUCUAAAGUCACGUGUUCCUUAAUUUACGUUACAGUUUCUUAAUAUACGUUAGAGCCCCUUUGUUUCCGGGAGGCAUCCGAGUGAAGACUUGCACGAAUGGUGUGCCAAAGUGGCGGUAAAUUUGAACGUGUCAAAAAAUUCUCUUUAAUAACAUUGUGUUCAAAGUAAUUUUUUUUUCUCGCACGUUCUCAUAGUAAUGUGCAUUUUCAACUCUAAAAAAAUAACUUUUUAAGUUAUGGGCGCUUUAAAUCCAUCUGUUGUUAUUUGCUUAAUUAUCUUCAGACUUGGAUCCCUGCAUAGACGUUACGUGUUAUUAUCACAGCUUCUGUAAGGCGUUUGGACCCCAUGAUGCACGCUGUGUAUGUGUGGAUAGCUGCCCAUCUUACAAAGAACCCGUUUGCUCAUCAAAUGGCACAACGUACGACAACAGAUGUUUGUUUGAAAGAGAAGUUUGUCUACAUCGACUAAACUUAACCGUGCAACAUCCUGGUAGCUGUGAAGGUUAGUACAGUUGUUUUUGGAUCUGUGAUUUUUCUUUUUAUUAGAUUUCAGUAUUAAUCCCUCAGUGAAUUUUUCGAAUGAGUAAUUUACUUACCCAUGUAAUCUGGAGGGAAAAACGGCGAUAGAUGCAUGACUUUAUGGAAGUACAAAAUUUUACGUAAUUUUGCUAAAACGUUUGACAGGGGCAAUGCUAAUAAGAAUACUGGUCAGAAAAAGUGGCGGAUACACUUAUAUUUAAGCAUUUUCAGUUAAUACUCAACGAAAAUAUUUGUUUUUUUUAAAUAUGUAUCACUGAAAGAAAUUUAAAACUGAUUCUUCUCUCUGAGAUUAGUAGUAUAGUAGUAGUAGUGGUAGUAGUAGUAAUAGUAGUAGUAGUAGUAAUAAUAGUAGUAGUAGUAGUAGCAGUAAUUGUUUGCAUUUCGUACCCGGACGUAUCUCUGCCUAACAUAUCUGGAUAACGUCCUUUCCUAGAGUUAUAUUUUUUAAGCAUAACUGGAACUGAAUCUUUUCUUUGCGAGAAGUAGUAGUUACAGUGAAUGUUCACUUUCCUUUCCUUUAGCGCUAAUAGGCUUGACCAUUUGCCACCGUGUAGCUCUGCUCAGGAUGCAAGUUCUAAUCUCUCCACUGCUUGCCAUGCUAUUGACCUAAUGCAGUGACAAGCGAUACAUUGUCCGGUGUGAAGUUUCUCUGGACUUCUAUAGUAGAGAGUAACAACCCUCUUUAUUAGAACCGCUCAUUUGCUUUAAGUUCUGGGUAAAUGCCCUUUGCUCCGCAUGCUUGUCAUACUAAUCUAUAGUUCAUCUUGAAAUGUGUUUUCUAGGAUUUCCUUUUCAGCGUGGUCGUCGCCACAUGCCACAUAUUCCAUCCUUGGGCUACUCUCACUGUCAUGCCAUUCAUUUCAAACCGUUUGUGUUUUACCCUGACAAACCCAUUCAAGUGCAGAUAACUGUCAAUCAUAUGGAUACCAGUGACAAAUCGUAUGUCCAUGACGCGGCAGUAUCGUGGGUUAAAAAUGUGAAUAAUGACGGAUUCACUGCUUGUGUGAUGGCGGCAGGAUAUAACGAACGAAAGUCGUAUGCUAACGUGACAGUUGAUUGGAUGGCGUACCAAGGUGCUCCAGUGGGUGGCGUGACUGGUAAAGUGCGCAUGUCACAGUGGUGGACUGGUACGACUUGUGCGACUGUCAGGUUUCCUACAGUGAGUGGCCUUUGUUGGGCUUUCUUGUCCUUUCCAUUCUUUUCAAGAUCAUAUCUUUUGAAACGCCUCACUUCUACUGAGUUCACUCAGUUAAUAACAGAUCGUUUUCAGUAUGCAUCAGCAGUGAUUUGUCGUAAUGGUGCAGCCGUACACUUAUUACCAAUUAAUAGUCGAACAAUGUCACGGUAGUACAAAUUAUUCUUUUACCAAUUUCCAGCAUAUCACAAAUGUCAUGGGUUCCUUUUUGCAAAAAUACGAAAUUAAUUCCUGUUCGUAGCUUUCUAAGAGUUGAGAGUUGCCUAACUCGCAUUUAUUCUUCAGGGAAAAUUCUCUGUGAUACCGUCGGUAUUUGUGACUGCCAAGCAUUACAAUCCAGGAUUAAAACGUGACGCAGCAAGCAUAUGGAUUGAAGACGUCACACAAUCAUCCUGCAAAGUUUGCUUGAGAGAAUUGCAAAACUACGCUGGAUCACACCAAGACGUUGUUGUUGUAAGUAACGCUAGUCUCAUGGAGUCGAACGAACAGCGUUUUUCUUUGGAAACUAAGUGCAGCAGACUGGUAUCUUUCUCCAUCUCAUCUUUUCGCUUUUUUACGCUUCCAGCAGUUGGUCCAGCAGAGAUGCACGAUUUUUUGCUUGAAAAUAUAUUUUCCUCCAUCUGUUUUCUCUUCAUCCGGCUUUGUGAACCUGACCAUGUUAUUGCUUUCUUGUAACCUAAGAUGUCGGUGGCUGUUUUAUAUAAACCUUGUUGAGAGAUUACCAUUUAUAUUUUAUUUUCGACGUUGACACAAUCUUUUGGUAGUUACAGCUGUAGUUAGGACGUGAGACUGAAAAAGAAUUCUUUCUUUCUAUUCUUAUUUAUUUAUUUACUUUAUUUCAGAAUUGGUUAGCGUUUUCAUAUCUUGACGAGCCUCCCUUCUCAGAACGCAAUUCGAUUUACUUUUCCAAUGAUAAACCUCCCGCGCAGAGUCACUAUAAUGCCUUCUGCAAGGUCAGUAUUCCAGUCCUUUCAUUAGUCUUAAAGGUUUCAAUUCCCGUCACAGUGCACUUAAUUUUAUUGAUUAAAUUUACUAUCAGAGAGCAAAAAAAAACGGUUGCCCUAUCAUGUUUCUAGUGAUGGUAGUUACAUUUAGUCAGUUUAGCAGGCUGUCUGUCAUACUUCAGUGAAUAUUUAAAAUGAAAAUGAAAUAUAGAUUAUAAAUGCUCUAAUGCGGAACAAGUCUUUACCUUUAUAUAGAGACUAAUUUUUACAAUUAUGUAAUUUCUUUUGACAGGACGCUACUUUUACUAAAGUUUAUAACUCAACUCCACAUGUGUUUGUUUCUGCCAAUCAUUCCACCAAAAAUGGAAGUCAGAGUCCAAUUCAUAACAGCAUAGCUGAGUGGGUAGAGGUAUGUUUUUAGUUAUUUAUUUAAUUAUUUUCGUUUCAUUUAUUUUAUGAAUUUGUGUAAAUUACCACUUGCAACCACACUUACAUGUGUUGUGUGCAUGUUUAAAAACCUUAUGAAAAUACGAAUGACUGUAAUUAACACUCUCUAUUUAACAAUACAGACAGCGUUCUAUUGAGAAUAACAGCUUAUAGAACACAAAACGCGCCAAAAAACAGCUCAAAAGUUAAAUUUUAUCCGUUUAACUAACGAUCAGGAAUAACCCUUGGCUAUUAAAAUGGCCAUGAAUUAUGGAAAGUCGUUAAAACUGUGUUUUAAAAAAGCUGUGUAGCUGUAUAGCAGAAGGUAAGCAAAUGUUGUCAAACAAACAGCAAUGAGAAAACUAAAAUUGAUGUUACGCAAGAGAGAAUGAGCUAAGAGAGCGAAUCCCUGUGCCCCAUGAUGAUUAUUUGAAAUCUAUUGAAAGUUCGCACGCGUGCGAUGAAGGUUAUUUUUAUAUGCUGUUUCCGUGACCCGCGCGGUCUACUUUCCCGUAAACGCGACAUAUUUCGCCUCCAAACAUUUGACAGCAGUUGACCAAUUAUGGCAUGAGAGGUUUAAGUUGUUGACAUGUAAUAACGCGCACUCAAUUGUUCUCUUUCCUCUUUCCUUUGAAGCCCUGUCAUGCAAACUUGUUGAACAGGGUUGAUCACUUCUUAACAUGCGUCAGACUGAGAAAUAUGGAAAGUCUUCUGGUCAAGACCUACCUGAACUGUUCUAUAGUUUUUUUUCUACUAGCAAGGGAGAAAAUACGCCGUCAGCCGUCUGUGUGAACUACUUAAUGAGCUGAUAAACAUCCCUUUCUUGCAGUACAUCAACAAGACAUGCUUUCGUGCUUGUGUCAAAGAAUUAUAUGAAGCAAAAUAUGACCCAUUGUCAGUAACGUACACAGUUUUGUCAGGUACUACUGCUACAAAACUAAUCAUAAACUUCAGUACUUACCAACUCUGUGAAUAACGAAAAAGGAAAACAAGCAAUACACAAAAGGAAUGCACAAAAACUGGAGGAAAUAAAAAAAAUGCAUUCGGGUGAUGAUGAAAAACAACGUUCAUCCCCUUUUCCAAAUACAUAUUAAUGUGUAUAAUGGAGUGCUUUAUAAUACUUGCAGUUGUUUUUCUCUUAUGUAUUGCCUUUAUUUUGUCCUGAACACAAAGCUUCUGCUUUUCCAUUUCCUUUUUUAAUCGCAAAAACCGGAAAUAACAAAUAUGUUCGAAGUACAUAACUGCACCUCAAGCUAUACAUUUUGAGCAAUGUCAUUUUGCAGUUCAUUAAUUCCUACUUUGUAUACGCACAGACAUCUGUCCAUCUGGAUGGGAUUACUUCAAUGGAUACUGCUAUUUAACAAGCUCUGUAUGCGCACCUUGGGUGACUGCUGUGUCCAACUGUUCAACUAUGAACUCACAUCUGGUAACAGUGCACAACCAAGAAGAAAAUGUCUACAUUCAGCACCGUCAUAAUGGAGAGCGAUCAUGGAUUGGACUUAAUGACCGAAGCGUUGAGGGAUCAUUUGUCUGGACAAACAAGGAAAUAACCAGUUUUCGGUUCUGGGCUCCGCAACAACCAAACAACUGGAAAAACGAAGACUGUGUUCACACUCUGGGUGCCAAUGAUGGCUACACUUGGAACGAUGUGUCCUGCGAUAACUGUUAUAACUAUACUUGUGUUC